GCGUCAACAAUGACGCGUCUGAGGACGUGGAGCCUCCUCGCCGCAAUAGUCGGGAAGCGGGUUGGAAUUCAACAGCUGAGCUUUGACAAAUAAAGAAACAAGACUUUUGCGCUUAAGUUGUUCGUUCCAACUCGGCAUUUUAUUCCGCCGACCGCCCCCCCCGCCGUCUUUUUCUUAUGUGAAACACACGCUGACGUUUCCUCCCGGCACCCGUCCAGAAUGUAACGUUAGUUAAGGUUUCUGUACACCGCGAACAAUCCCCGAGGCGCGCGCAACACAUUAGCUGUUAGCAUCGCGGAAACGUGCCGCGUAUUCGCAGCGUCGAGGAGACCGACGGGAGGCGGUCGGUGAACCGGGUGAACUUCCUCGUCGGGAGCCGGUGGAGAGUCAGCUGCGGCGGCUUGUGACACGACGUCAUGCCGCUCAAAGAGUCGCUCGAGUCAGGACUGGACUUUGUGGAGUUUCUCGGCGACCGAGCAUCCACCACCAGUAAAACAGAACUUCGCAACAUCUACAACUCUGAGUUCAGGGGCAGAGAAGGAAUUAAAGACCCUUCCUUUAGCAAUGUCCUCUACGCCCUGGUGAAGUUCCAAAAAGCAAGCGCGAGGAAUGGGGAGAUCUACAUAAAUGUCAAGCCUCAGGUCCGAGUGUAUUGCGACCAAUGGAGGAGGCCCCGGGCCCCUCAGGCUCCACACACUCCAGGUUCUGACUCUCAGACGACGACGGAUGGGACGCCGUCGUCGUCGGCCUCCUCUGGCCCCUCAACUCCGAUGAAGCCCGUGCUCACCCCGAAGAAGAAGCUGGCUACGGAAAUCCUCCACAAGUUGCGGGUGAACAGGAAGAAGUUGACCGCUGACAAGGGGGGCAUUGAGAUCACCUCGGACCCCGUGGCGAGCGGCGGCGGCAAGGUGCAGUUCACCGUGGGUCGUCUGAGGGAGCCGUUCCUCCUCAGGUUCCACAUUUUGAACAAGGGCCCAGACUCCGUACACUUCACCUCCUACACGGCCCUGCACAAGAUCCGCUGUUUCACCCUGGAGGAUGAGAGGAGAGUGAACCGAGCCGCCCCGCUGUUCCUCUGUCCCGGAGAAAGCUACGAGGUCGUGGUUUGUUACAGGCUCAACCACUACGGGUAUUUCCCCGCCACCAUGUACUUUGAGUUCUGCCCCGAUGGGCCGGCGUCGGCGCCCUUUUGCAUCGUGAGGGAGAUGGAAGCAGUAGCCGCGACCCCUCUGGCUGAGGAGCUGGGGCCCGUGGCUCCUUACGAACCGUUCCAGAGGGUCACGUACAAGCCCGUCAACACUGUGCUAGUGGAGGGGGUACCUCCUCAGAGAUCUGGGGCCCAGCCUCCGAAGGCGACGGUGAAAUCAGGAGACUUUAGGUACCCUUAUUAUCUGAAGGAACUGGCUAAACAAAGGAUGGAGGACUCGGAGUACCUCUCUCCAGCUGCGAGGCAGAAAUUGGCUUCAGUGAAGGGUCUCCUCGACUCUCCCUUGCAGAUGAAGACAUAUGCUCAGAGAUUAAGCCUCCUGCUGCACCUGGAAGAGAUCCAGAUGGAGGUGGACAUCAGGAAGUACGACCUCCACGAUCAAACCAUGAUCCAAGACCAGAGCAACAAAAAACUCCUCGCACUCAGAGUUCCUGGUGUAGCUGAGAAUCGUCCGUCUGUGCUACGAGGAGACUGUCUCAGGGUGUCCAAAUCAGGGGACACGGUCCAGCCGAUCACCGUGUACGCUGGGUACGUCCACAGAGUGGAGCUGGACAGCGUGAAGCUGGGCUUCUCAAAGAGGUUGCUGCAGCUUUGCAUCGGCAACAUGAAGUUUGACGUCGAGUUCACUCUCAACCGGCACUCCUUGAGGCUGCAACAUCGGGCCGCGCAGCUGGCGGUAAAUCACGGGCUCGGCGAGGUGCUGUUUCCGUCUGGGGCGGCGGUGGCUCAGCGCGCCACGCCUGAACUCCGGAUGUUCAACCAGCAGCUGGAAAACAAUCCGGAGCAACGAGCCGCGGUGCAGCGCAUCGUGGCCGGAUCGUCAAAGCCCGCCCCCCAUCUGGUGUUUGGACCCCCCGGAACUGGAAAGACGAUCACCAUGGUCGAAGCUAUGCAGCAGGUCAGCCUUGCAGACCCGUCAGCCCGCAUCCUCGCCUGCGCUCCUUCGAACAGUGCGUGCGACCUCCUCUGUGAGCGACUGAUGGUUCACACGGACGCUUCUCAGAUUUACCGCGUCUACGCCAGCAGCCGAGACCCAAGAAGCAUCCCCACGACCCUGCUGACAAAUUGCAACUGGGACCAGACCCAGGCGGGUUUUGUGUUUCCAGAGAAAGAAGUUCUGAUGACAUACAGGAUCAUAGCUACUACAAUGGUCACAGCCGGCAGGCUGGUGUCCGGAGGAAUCCCAGUCGGCCAUUUUACCCACGUCUUUCUGGAUGAAGGAGGCCAGGCCGUGGAGCCAGAGUGCGUCAUUGCCAUUGCAGGUCUGCUCAGCACAGAGAGUGGUCAGCUGGUGCUGGCAGGAGAUCCCAAGCAGCUGGGGCCGAUCCUCCGGUCCCGUUUCGCCCAGCAGUAUGGACUUGGGCUGUCUCUGCUUGAGAGACUGAUGAAACAGAACACUUUGUAUCAGAAAAACGCAGAGUCGGGGCACUUUGACACCCGUUUUGUCAGCAAACUGCUUCGAAACUACAGGUCUCACGCUUCCAUUCUGAAAAUCCCCAACGAGCUCUUCUAUGAGAAUGAACUGCAGGUGUUUGCUGACCGGGGGGAGCGUGAGACCUACUGCAACUGGGAACACCUACCCCAAAAAGGUUUCCCUCUGAUCUUCCACGGCGUGAUGGGGAAAGACGAGCGAGAGGCCAACAGUCCCUCUUUCUUCAACGUGUGUGAGAUUGAAGUUCUGGUCGACUACCUGACCAAGCUGAUGGAAACGCAAGGAAAGGACGGUCUCCCCAAACUCUCGGCUAAAGACAUCGGCAUAAUCGCCCCUUACAGGAAACAAGUGGAGAAGAUCCAAAAGGCCCUGAGGUCCGUCGCAGCUCUGAAGGGAUUGAGUGAUCUCAAAGAGCUGAAGGUGGGGUCUGUGGAGGAGUUUCAGGGACAAGAGAGGAGGAUCAUCAUGGUCUCUACUGUCCGCAGCAGCGUCAACUACGUCAAGAUGGACAAAGACUUCAGCAUCGGAUUCCUGUCAAACGAAAAGAGAUUCAACGUGGCACUGACCAGAGCCAGGUCCCUGUUGAUAGUUGUGGGAAACCCUGUGAUCCUCAACAAGGACCCCACCUGGGAGAAGUUCAUCAGCUACUGCGUGCAGGAGAACGGCUACACUGGAUUUCACUUUGACGACGCUGAAGGAGAGGACGAUAUUGUGUCACGGUUGGCAACCCUGAAAAUCAGCGUGGAGUCUGACGAUCCUGUAGAAGAAAGCUUCCUGGACCAACAUUGGAAGAAUGAGCAUUAACGUCUCUCAAAAGAAUUUGCAGUGACAAAUCAAAGACUUCUCCAUUUACUUAGGAUUCAUAUGCACUCUCUUCUGAGCUUUUGACAUUGGCAUCUAGUGUUUAGGAAUAUAUCAUUUUAAUCACGGUUUAGGUUUUGAUGUUUAUGCUACAAAUUAAUCAUUAAAUCCUGUUCUUGACUUUCUCUCCAGUGGCUUUUUAAAUAAAGUUUGGCACGGUAAAAAAAAUGACUUACACUUCUCAGGAAUUCACCGUGGUCUUACUGCUGUUUGCAUUUAACCUUUUAAAAUGAUCUGAUACAUGAAAUAAAUCUACUUCUGAACCA